CUUGGAAAUGCACUUCUGAAUUCUGCUUCAGCAGACAUGGCGAGUUUCUCUACUUUUCUAGACGCUACUGGAAGCUUCUUCCCACCAGUCGCCACCGGAUUUGGAUUCCCUGCUCGCACGCUUUAAGACACAAAUCCCGCUCUGCUUCUCAAAACCUACGAAACCCGAAACCCGAAACCCAAUACCCGAAACCAGAAAGAGAGAAAUGUUCGGCGUCGUGUUCCCCAAUCGGAGCUUCCCGAUAAAUAUCUCCACCUUCUCCCAAAUCGAUACCUGCCACUGGGUUCUGGACAUGAACACUUUUGUAGGUGAGGCGUACGAUCAGGUACGGGAAAUGUGUAUAUUUCUCCUGGACGGAUUUACUUUACCCCCGGACAAGGCUCUGGCGGUAUACGUGCAGUCCCCGGGGUCGCAGUUCGUAUUUUGCGGGGCGAUCACCCUUGCGCGGCCGUCGGCGGUUCUGUCUCUGCAGUGGCCGGAGCCGGUGGGGCAGAUGUUGCUGACUUCGUCGGAUUCUGCCCCUCUGUCCGCGAAGAUUGGGGUGUCGGUGGAGAACACGGCGGCGCUUCCAUCAUUAGACGUCGCGGCGGAGAAGAAGAUUGAGCGGCUGGCUUUGAAGGUCGGUGAGAACCUCUUCAAUUUCAUGCAAUCGUUUUGCGGCAUUGACGGGAGCAGACUGGUUGUGCCCAUGGAUAUCUUGGACCGCUGGUUCAAGAAGUUCCAAGAGAAAGCGAAGCGCGAUCCUGAUUUCCUCAAAGGAUUUGCGUUGUGAUGUAUAUAUAUCUCCUUUGGCUUUCCCACGAGAUCAUUGAAAUUUUGGAGAAAGUGUGAAAAUGGCGAAGGGAUACAAGCAAUAAAUCACUUCCCGAACAAAAGUGCAUGCUUGGUUACUGGUAAAAAGUCCGUAAUAGCAAUAUUUUUUUUAAUCAAUUUAUUGAUCAGUUGUUUGUGUAUUAAAAUACAAUGUAAUAAAAUGUUUAUUGUUAUAAUUUCUAAAGCCUCUGUUAUCCAAUUACAUUACAAGGUUAAGUUCCCUCACUUUCAGUCUCUAUCCAUCCUCUCCCAGUUCUGUUUCCCAUUUCCUUCACUGUUCCCACUUUUAUUUCCCUUAGUUCCUCCUUCAACCCAUUUCUGGAGACGAUGACAAUGAAAAUAACCUGCCUCAGGCCCCUUUUCACUUUCACCCUCUUUUUUGCCUCCGCAAUUGCCUUUCUCAGUUCAUGCUGCAGUACAGAGUUUGCAACAAUCCUGCCUAGAAGGGAUUGAAGAAAGUCAUGGAGUAUGAUUUUGCAGCUGCAAAUGGAGGGUUGCAUAGAAUCCGGGGUGUCUAAGGAGAUAGAUGAGUUACCCUGGAAGGAAGGCAGCAAGGCCAACCUGGACAAUAAGUGCUUGGGCGCUGAGUCAAGGAAGAUAUGGCUAUACCAUUCUGCUGUUCCGAGCUGGUAUGGGUGCCCCGUUACUGAGCUUGAAGAUUGAGUUCCUAGGCAGGAGGGAGCACAAAAGUGAGUUUCCAGCUUUUAGUGUAAGGUUGUCCCACCGUUUUCUUGUUUCUUUCUUGAUAAUUGGAUUGAGCAAGCAAAGUUGGAGGUUUGGUGAAUCUGGAAUUUUGAUUGGCGCAGUGACUUUAUUUGAUUUUGGUUUCUGGUUAUUGGGUGUUUUUGAGAGAGUUAGUUGAUGGAUCACAUGCAUUGGCCUUAGGUGUUGUAUUGUUUAUUUUUCCCUUAAGUUUUAUAAGAUAUGGCUUCCUGUUUUUCGGUUAUAGGUUGAAAUUCAACGGUACUUUGAGUUUGCAAACUGUUCAGUCAGGUUAUUCCCUUUUAUUUGCAAGUCAAUUGGGAAAUCUUUGGAUGAUACCUAACUUCUCGUCAGAAAGACAUGUGAUACUCUAACCUCUCGGAAAGACAUGAUUAUGAAUUUCAUUUAAGGCCUUAAAUUACUAUCAAAAACUCACGCUUGAGUUUUUAAGAGUUAAGCAAUUGAACUUGAAAAGUUCAGAUUCAGUGGUAUUUGUGCUGGGGAGUUAUAAAUGGUAUUAGGAAAUGAUGCAGUGUUGUGAGUCCUUGUUAGUGUAACUUGGACUUUGUGGACAUCAAGAAUAUGAUCAUCAUGAGGAUAUUAAGUAUUUGAGAGUGGAGAUUUUGAUGUUCCAAAUUACUAACUGAUACCUUUUUUGUAACCCUGUUUUUUUUUUUAUAUUGCUUUGACUUAAAGUUCAUUUGUUAUUCUUUAGAAUUUAUGUUCCUGCCUGCCUGCUGCCUGCCUCCGAGCUCCCUCCUGUUUUAAUCAUUUUUUAAGGUUUGAUUUGGGUUAA